GCUGCUCUCGGGAAAAGAGAGAAUGGGCAGACGGCGGUCGCCGGUUGUUUAGUGCAGUUUUCUUUUUAUUUCUUUUGUGUCUUUGACAACUUGUGUUUUAACGCUCAGUUUAGACGGGUUUAUGUACAGCAUGGGAGACCUCAGCAGGGAGGGGAGCUGUACUGUAAAACACGAACUGACGAGUGCUAACCUCACUGGACAUAGAGAAAGAGUUGGAUUAGAAAACUUUGAGCUACUGAAAGUUUUGGGAACAGGAGCAUAUGGUAAAGUUUUUCUGGUUAGAAAAAUUAGUGGCCAUGAUGCAAACAAACUCUAUGCGAUGAAAGUGCUUAAGAAGGCUUCCAUUGUACAAAAAGCAAAAACAACUGAGCACAUCAAGACAGAACGGCAAGUGUUAGAACAUAUUCGACAGUCUCCUUUUCUAGUCACAUUGCACUAUGCUUUCCAAACGGACACCAAGCUUCAUCUUAUACUAGAUUAUGUGAAUGGUGGUGAGUUGUUUACACAUCUGUACCAAAGGGAACACUUCACAGAAGAAGAUGUUCGAAUCUAUGCAGGAGAGAUUGUAUUAGCACUAGAACACCUUCAUCAGCUUGGCAUCAUAUAUCGAGAUAUCAAGCUUGAAAAUAUUUUAUUGGAUGGUGAUGGUCACAUCGUUUUGACAGACUUUGGACUUAGCAAGGAAUUUGUCACUUUUGAGGAUGAACGAACAUAUUCAUUUUGUGGUACCAUUGAAUAUAUGGCACCAGAGAUUAUUCAAGGAGGAAGUAGUGGCCAUGAUAAGGCAGUUGAUUGGUGGAGUCUUGGAGUCCUUGUGUACGAACUGCUGACAGGAGCUUCGCCUUUCACCGUGGACGGUGCAAAAAACUCUCAUUCGGAAAUCUCGAGGCGAAUCUUAAAAAAUGAUCCUCCAUUUCCUGUGGAAAUUCAGUCCACUGCCAAGGAUCUAAUACAGAAACUGUUGGUGAAAGAUCCGAAACAAAGACUUGGAUCAGGGCUGACAGGAGCUGCAGAGAUAAAGUCUCAUUCAUUUUUCCAGGGCCUAAACUGGAGAGAUUUAGUAACCAAGGCAAUCAAACCUCCCAUCAAACCAGUCAUCCAAAAUGAACUUGAUGUCAGCAACUUUGCAGAGGAGUUUACACGAAUGGAUCCAGCCUAUUCUCCUGCUGCUCUUCCCCAGCAUACAGAUUUAUUUAAGGGCUAUUCAUUUGUUGCGCCUUCUAUACUGUUUAAUCGAAAUGCCAUAAUGAAUCAUACAUGCAUCUAUGAUCUGCAGAUGGCCCUGGAACGACCAGACAACAAUACUGUUACACGCAGUGCUAUGUCAAAGGAUUCCCUCUUUUACCAGAAUUAUGAAUUGAACAUGAAAGAGAAGCCACUUGGUGAAGGAAGUUUUUCUGUUUGUAGGAAGUGUCGACAUAAAAGAACUGGACAGGAAUACUGUGUCAAAAUCGUCAGCAGACGAAUGGAAGCCUGUACGCAAAGGGAAAUUGCAGCACUGAAGCUUUUAGGGGCCCAUCCUAACAUUGUUGAACUAUGUGAAGUUUACCAUGAUCAGUUACAUACAUACAUGGUUACGGAGUUGUUAAAAGGAGGAGAACUACUGGAACGUAUUAAAAAGAGGAAGCAUUUCAGUGAAUCUGAAACCAGAAGAAUUAUGAGCAUGCUCGUUUCUGCAGUUCGUUAUAUGCAUGAUUGUGGAAUUGUGCACAGAGAUUUAAAACCAGAGAAUAUUUUAUUUACUGAUCAGAAUGAUGGCGCACUGAUCAAGGUAGUAGAUUUUGGGUUUGCAAGAGUUAAACCUUCCGACAGCCAGCCGUUGAAAACUCCAUGUUUCACUUUCCAAUACGCAGCUCCUGAAAUUUUCAAGCAAAAUGGUUAUAAUGAGUCUUGUGAUCUGUGGAGUCUUGGAGUAAUAUUAUAUACAAUGUUGUCAGGACUGAUUCCUUUCCAAAGUAUGCAGAGAACUGUUAUACCAAACACUGAUGAACAAAUAAGAACAACAAAGGAGGCAAACUUUUCACUUGCUGGAGAAAUCUGGAACAAUGUUUCACAAGAAGCUAAAGAGCUGGUGCAAGGUUUACUUACUGUGGAUCCAAACUCUCGUCUGAAGUUAUCUAGCUCAAGAUUGAACAACUGGCUUCAAAAUAGCCAUUGUUUGUCCUCUAAUACAUUGGUGUCUCCAAAUAUUCUUGAUUCUUCCACUAACAGUUACUUCAAAUCUUCUUUUAUGGCUCUUAAUAAAUGCAAGAGAGAAGGAUUUUUCCUCCAAAGUGUUGAAAACGCUCCUUUGGCAAAGAGGCGAAAGAUGAAGAAAAGUAGCACAAGUACAGAGACUCGGAGCAGUUCUAGUGAAAGCUCGUCUUCUCAGUCUCAUGGUAGAACGUCUCCAAUAUGCAUCAUACAAGUUCCUUUACCAGCAAAAAAGUCUGUUUGUGUCUUCCAAUUUUCUGAAACUUUAAGUAACAGUUUCAAUGAUACUUCAGUCUAGCUAUUAUAAAAAUAAUCUUCAAUAUUUAUUUACCUUUCAAGAUUGAUUGGCAGCUGUACUUUUGGUCAUCCAGGUGUCAAAUUGUGGAAUCCUUCCCUAAAACCCUCUGUUACUCCAACCUUUCCUCCUGUCUGCCCCCUCUCCCAUCCACUCAAUCCCUCUUAUUCUCCAUUAGGCACCUCUCAGUUCUGUUGAAUGGCGGAGCAAGCUCAAGGAAGUGAAUGGUAAAUCUGGUAUAACGGGCUCAAAAAGUAAAAUUGUUGUGAAAAUAUGGGUAUUUUUCUUGUACAUUAAACAGAAAAGUAUUCUUGUACAAUACUCAAACAAUGAAGUUUGUUGUCGGAUGCAAAGAAAAGCAGCUUUCGAAAGCAAAUUUGAAUAACUGAGUGGCUUAGAGUUAAAAAAUUAACAGCAUUACGAUGAAGUAGUGAUGAUUUCGCAGGUGUGUUUCUGUUGUGAAGGUGAAUCGUUUAGGUUGUGUGUAGUUAUGAAGUUUUGCUUCGGUGAACUGUCUGUUUACUGUUCAACAUUUACAGGGAAUUUUGAUGUUUAAUUUCUAGAAAGUUCAAGCUAAAAUUUGGAAAAUAAAUGUUUUGCUAACUUGGGUGGCUUAGUCAUAUCAUAACUUUAAGUUCUCCUUUGUAAGAAGGAGUAAGCAAUCAGAGGGCUAACCACUGAGAUGAUUAGAGGAUUAGGCUAAGUAGAUGGGCAACAGUUGUAAAAUUGUCGGGGGAUAGGGAAAGUUACUGUGAACUGUGAGAGUGUCUUAAGUGUGCUUGAUGUGUACUUUGCAUUUUAAAAAAAAGUCAAUAUGGUGCUUCAAAAGAAAUUACUUUAGAGUCUCAAAUCAGUGAAAAUUUCACUGCGCAAUCAUGAAAAAUUAGACAGCCUGACUCCUGCCAAAUUGCGACUUUGUAGGACUGUGAUAAUGCUGCAAAUGGGGCUUCCAGAAGGGAGGAAAAAGCAGUAAUCCUCAAGACAGCAGUGGUGGCACAGAGAUAUUGUCUUUUGCAAACAGAUUUCUUAAACAAGCAUGCAUUCAACGGCAGUUUAAUUUCUUAUGUUUUGGUUUGCACCAUUCUUUGGAAUGAUGUUACUAUAAAGGUAGGUGGGUGUCAUUGGGUGGGAAGCAAUGAGUUAGCUCAGGCCAGGAAUCAUUGAGGGCCAACAAUGAGUAAUGCAGUUAGGACUGGAAGAAUUUUGAGUGUUAAUUUGAGAAACAGUGCAUGAGGUACGAUCAUGGGCUGAGAGGAAGUUGAAUUACUUUUGUAGUAGUAUUAGAUGAACAUAUAAUUGGCUUCAGAAUGGUCUUUAGGUUGAUGUGGACCUUUUUUAAAAGCAAGUAUGAGUGAAUUUCUUCUGGUGUUCUUUGGGAAUUUGGGAAUCACAGCCAUCAUAGGCUUUACAAAUGCACAAAGCUGAAGAAAGAUAGCCCAUUGAAAGUAGUUGCUGUGAAGAGGUUGCAGAAACGAAGGGAGCUGAAAAUAGACCUCAUGUCGUGGGGCAACCUCAUUGUUUGAUUUUGAUUGUUUUGAUCUUUCAGUAAUAGGAGGUCUUGUUGCACUAUAUUUGUCUAUACAUCUAGUUCAUGUUAGAGUCCCAUGCCAGGACCUUUUUGGCAAUGGAAAGUAUGCUUGUAAGAUGGUCAAACAGAUUGAUUACCAGCCUGUAAAUCCUUCUGUAUGUCUGAAGGCAAGUGGUAAGAGUGUGAGAAACUCCUGGUCAGCCAUCGAGCAGAAGGCAAUGGGAAACCACAGCAGCACUUUGCCCAUAGGAGUGGACCAAUCAAAUGGAAGUCCUUGACCCAACAAGUUUAAUUUGGCUGGGAGAAAAGAAAGAGAAAUUACUAAAUCUCCAGUCAUAAAUUUUAUUAUUCAGGUUUAUUCAGUUGGUGGCUCAGGCAGCACUGUAGCUGUAAUAUUAAUAAGUGAUUGUUUCAGUAAUUUUAUAUUUUUGUGUAGUACUUCAUUUAUCAACACUUUGUUUAAAAAUCUGAAGGAACUAAAUGCUCUUUUUUUCAUGUUUACUCUAUCUUACUGGUACUUUGUACUACUUUGAUUUCAAUCAUAUUUACUUGAUUGGUAACUCAAAACAGAUGCUUUUGUAGAAAUUAAAACAGAUGCAUGAUCCUAUGACAUCGACUACCUCUAAAGCCACACUUUCAUAUGAGAUACCUUUGAAAGGGUUAAUGUUAUGAACAUGUGCUAGAUGCAAGGAAUUAGUUAUAUAGAUGGAGAAACCUAUUUAAGUGAAUUGGGCAAUUAUUCUUGGUAUAAGCUAUUAAAUAAAGCAAUAAUGUAUAUUUAUUUUUGUUUGUAAAUAAGCAUUAAUAAUUACCAUACUUCAAAUAUAUUUUAAAACUCCAUUGUCAUAAAUACUUAUUUUGAAAUAAAUUUCAUUUCAUAUCAAGAAAGGGAAAUCUGCUUCCACUACUCUGAUCAUGUAUCAGUUAUGUGAGAAAAGGCAAGCUUUCAAUAAUAGUUCUGAAGUUUUUGUCUAUAAUCUGUUAAAAGUAUUUAUUUAAAUCAUAACUACUGUUGUAGGCUCAAUUUGAAUUAUUUUAAUGAGUAAGAUAUUCUAGCUGGUCUAGGAAAAAUAGUCAUAACUGUUGCAAGCUAUUUUCUAUUCUGUAUGACUGUGAUUAUAAAUUAUUACUAAUCAAAUGUCUGCUUUGAGUAAAGAAAUGAGAUGCCAUCUUCUUGAUGUGUACUUUCUUUAAAUGCAAUAUUUUGAUUUUUACAUGGUUUGCUUUUUUAUGCAGUUUAAUUUUAAAUGAAUUUAUUUGUGUUCUGUUAGAGUAAUGGGUACAGGAAACAAACACUUCACGCAACAACAUUCUUGACAGUGUGAAAAAGUGCUUGUGUUUUCCAAUAAACUAGUUCAAGAUCAUUUAU